UUCAGCAGCCGCCAACUGACGCUCCUCGACGCCGCCUUCAGGAGGAACGCCUACCUCGUGGGGCGCGAGAGGGCCCAGCUCGCCAGGCAGCUGGGGCUGUCUGAGACCCAGGUGAAGGUUUGGUACCAAAACCGCCGCACAAAAGACAAGAGAGACAAAGAAAAGGAGCCUGAACCUUUCCUCCCCGUCUUCGGGAAGCGAAACUUCCUCCCCUCCUUGGGGCUGCCUUCCCUGUCCUCAGGACCUCUUCGUGGGGCUCCACAGGAACCCUACAAGUUCCUUCUGAAAGAUCCUUGUUCCGUGUCAGGGAGUCACGUCACUGAUACUCAGCUGGUGCAGACGCCCAACGCUGCUAACCAAAUAGCGGAGACCUGCAGAAUUGAUUCCCGCCUUGGGCAGGUGUCCAGCAAAGAUAACGAUACCCAGGGCAUAUCAGCUCCUGGUAAAACACUUUCUUCUUUGUCCGUAGAGAAUUUAGUACCAAAGAAACCGACUUGGCAGACGACAUUGUCGGACGGCGUUAAUCUAGCAAAGACUGGCACCGUUCAAAGCCCCGUAACCAGAGAGGGGUACACCGCUUCUCUUGACUUACCCCAUCUUGGUUAUACUCAGGCCCACCAGGGUUCUGAUGAACUCAGUCGGGGCAACCCGCAGUUCACAUCAAGUAUCUCUCCUGAUCGUGGGACUUGCAACGGAAAGUUUUUUUCCCCCUACGCUGCUUUAGCGCCAUCAUCUUGCUACUCCCCACUGGGGAUGUUUAAACCCCCAUCUACGAGUUUCUACUCUACCGUGAGUUCUCUACCUCGAGCCCAGCUCAGCAGCGACGUCUACUCGAUGUCUAGUCCAGUCUACCCUAACAUCCCCACCCCAAUCAGGGUGGAAUUAGGAGGACUGGAGCCUGGCAAGUGGAUGUCAACUUCCUGA